UAUGUUUAGCAUACGAAUGUGAUGCAUCAAAAACUCUUAAAUUAAAUAGCUGGCAAAAUUGAAUUUGAAUUAAAAGAGACAAAUAAUUAAUACUUUUUUUUUCUAAUAAUUUUUAACUUAAUGUUUAUUUUUUCUGUGUUAAAAAUGUUUUUACAAUUUAAUUAUUAGUUUGUAUAUAACUUGUGUGAUUUCUAAAUUAAAUUUUCUCAACUUAUUUCCGAUUUUUAAAAUUGUAUUUUUUGUGGUUUUAAUUGAAUAAAAUAAUUUAAAAUUUUUUUUUAAAUAUAUUUACAUAUUGUACAUACAUAAGGAAGCAGAUACAAUAAUUAUAAAAUUAUUUUAAUUGUACAUUAAAUUGUUCUUGAUUUGUGAUAUAAGAUAAUAAGUAUAUAAUUAUGAUUAAUAUAUGUAGGUACAUUUAAUAAUUUAAAAAAAAAGAACAAAAUUAAUAUUGUAUAAUAAAGUGUUCACCCAUAAAACAUUUUUAAUAAUAAAAAUAUAAUACAGAAGAAGAAGAAAACGAAGAAGAAGAAGCAGAAGAACUCUCGUGAUCCCGCGAUUAUUAAAGACUGCUGUCAAGAAAGAAUCAAAAAUAAGCUGUUAUUACGACCGUACUUAUAAUCGUGCUUUUUAAAAAAAAUGUUAGAGAAAGGAAAAAUCAAUAACAAACUCCAAAUAUAACAUUAUUAAACAUUACAAACUAAAUUGGUUGCCCAAUAAUUAUUUGAUACAUUUGAGCUCAUUAUUUUAAAUCAAGUAUUUCACAAGUUGCAUACAAUAUAUUAAUAAUAAUCACAUUUUAUUUGUUACUUUUAAUUUUUUGUUAUAACAAUGGGAAAAGCUUCCUAUAAUUUAAAUAAUUCAAAAAAAGAAAUGGAUAAAUCGGCAGAUACUGAAGCCGGUUCGAAUGAAGUUAAAGAAGCAGGACGUUUCCGAACAAUAUUACCUCAAGUAUUAGCGAGUACAGCAAAAAAUUUAUUGUUAUUAGAUUUAGGUUUAUCCGUUGCCUUCCCAACAAUUGUGAUACCAGCUUUACGUGGAACUGUAGAAAAUUAUAAUGAAACAUUAUAUUUUACUGAUGAACAAGCAUCAUGGUUCGGAAGCAUACCAUUAAUAUGUCAACCGAUUGGCAGUGUUUUAUCCGGUUGGGUAUCAGAGCCUCUUGGACGAAAAAAAGCAAUGAUAAUUGUAAAUAUUCCUCAUAUAAUUGGUUGGAUCAUAUUACAUAAGUCGUACUCAAUUGAAUUAAUGUAUUUGGGAGCAGUUUUAUUAGGCUUUGGUAUAGGUUUUAUGGAAGCUCCAAUCAUUACAUAUGUUGGUGAAAUCAGUCAACCUUCAAUACGCGGUGUUUUAAUAUCAUGUGCUGGUAUAUCUGUUACACUUGGAAUAUUUAUUGUGUAUUGGCUAGGAUCAAUAACAACAUGGAGAAUAGCAGCAUUGAUAUGCUUAAGUGUACCAUUAGUAACUGUUGUAGCAAUAUGCUUUGUACCAGAAACACCAAUGUGGUUAUUAUCAAAACAUAAAAAUGAACAAGCUCUAAAAUCUUUACAAUGGCUUAGAGGCUGGGUUUCUCCAAAAGCUGUUGAAAAAGAAUAUCAAGAGAUGCAACGCUAUAGUGAAAAUUCCAAUAAAUGUCAAUCAUGUCAAAAAUCUAAUAUUAAAUGUGAACAUCCAUUACCGACAAUAUUCGAUAAAUGUAAGGAAUUAAAAAGAAAACGUACUGUAAAAGCAUUUAUUGUAGUCAUGGGUCUAUUCACUAUUGGACAAUUUAGUGGAGUUUUAGCAAUGCGGCCGUUUAUGGUCCAGAUUUUUAAAGCAUACAACGUUCCAAUGGAUCCAAGAAUUGCUACUGUUUAUAUUGGUGUAAUUGCAUUAUUUGCAAAUAUUGCUUGUAUGUCAACAAUACGUUUACUAGGAAAACGACGAAUAUGUCUUAUUGGAUUAAUUGGAUCCUUAAUUUGUUGUUUGGCUCUUGCAUCUUAUGCUCAAAAUGUUUUUCCAAAAAAUUACAAUUCUUUUGACACACAUGAAAAUAUACCAUUCGAAUCAAGUUACUUUCCAUUAGUGGCAUUUUAUUUUUUGGCAUUUUGGACAAACGGUGGAGUAACAUCAAUUCCAUGGUUUAUGUUAAGUGAAGUUUUUCCAUUUAAAUCACGUGGUCUUGCAAGCGGAAUAUGUGCAGCCCUCAAUUAUUUAUUGGGUUUUAUUACAACAAAAACUUAUUUAAAUUUAGAUAAGGGACUUUCACUUAAUGGAACAAUGUGGUUUUAUUCAAUUGUGAAUUUGAUAGGAUUAGUUUUUGUAUAUUUUAUUUUACCAGAAACCGAAAAUCGUACAUUAGAAGAUAUUGAAUAUCACUUUUCAGACAAUGAUCGUAAAUUAACUGAUAUUAAAAUAGCUAAAAAUGCUAUAAAGGAAACUAAUGGAAAUCGAAACAAUAAUUUGGAAAAAACUGUUAUUAAAAAUGGUACUAAAAUUGAUGAAAAUGCACAACAACAAGAGAACAAUAAAAAUAAUGAUGGCUGUGAUAAUAAAGCUUUUUCAAAUGAAUAAUUUAAAUAAUUUUAAUUAUUUGUCACUUACAUAAUUGCGAUUUUAAUUAUUUUUAAAAAAAUACUUUAGAAAAUAUUUACAACAAAAUCCAAAAAAGACCUAAAGUAUUUUUUUUAUACAUUAAAAUUUAAAUCAAACAUAGUAUUCUGAAUCCAUGACCCUCAUUGUACAGGGAAUUUAAAAAAAAACAAAAAAAAACAAAAAAAAGUUAACAGAGACAAACGUUUUUACUUUUAAUUUUAUAAAAUUUUUAUAAACCAAAAUUAUUAUUUAUUUUUAGAAACAAAAUGCUUUUGCACUUCAUUUACGUUAUAAAAAAAUUGAUUCUCUUGUAUAAUUGAGAUAAAUUAUAAGUUUUGUUUUUAGUUUAAUUUUAUUAUUAUAUAAAUUUUAAAGCUCAUAAUUUUUAUGUACCACUUUAUAUAUUAUAGUUAAUUAAUUGUUAUGAUUAUAUCGUAAAAAAUUACAAUUUUCAUAUUAAAAUAACAAUUUUAAUAGGUCAUUCUUAUUGG